AUCUUUGAAAUGUUUUUUGGUGGUCGAUACAUUAUUCUUUUGAUGGGUUUAUUUUCAAUUUACACUGGGUUGAUCUAUAACGAUGUCUUUUCUCGAACUAUGCACUUGACAAAAUCUGGUUGGGAGUUUACAUUAGACCCCGAUAGUGGAAAAGAAAUUGGCAAGCAAACUGGUGUUUACCCAAUUGGUGUCGAUCCGGCAUGGCAUGGUACCGAAAACUUUUUACUGUUCACCAAUUCUUAUAAAAUGAAAAUGUCAAUAAUUCUUGGUGUUAUUCAGAUGAGUUUCGGUAUAUUCCUUUCAAUAUUUAAUUACAUUCAUUUCAAAAAAACUUUGAGUAUCUGGGCCGAAUUCAUCCCUCAGAUAUUAUUUAUGCAAUGUAUCUUUGGAUACCUGUGUUUUACGAUCAUUUAUAAGUGGUCCAUACCUUGGUACGAACCUGAUGCUAACGGAAAUCCAAGGAACAGUCCACCUGGAUUAUUAAAUAUGUUAAUUUAUAUGUUUUUACAACCUGGUUCCGUUGAAAAAAAUGCUGAGUUAUAUCCUGGACAGGGGACUGUACAGCUCGCAUUACUCUUAAUAGCUGCGGUCUGCAUACCUUGGAUGUUGUUUGUGAAGCCUUUCGUUUUGCGUCGUGAGUAUAAGAAAAUACGGGCACAGGGAUAUCAUAAUCCGCAAGCUGACGUUACACGUAUAUCUACAGAUGAGAAUAAUGAGCACGGCGGAGCAAUAGUAGCAGAGGAAAUGCAUGAGGAAGAAGAGUUUGAUUUCGGAGAGGUUAUGAUUCAUCAGGUCAUUCAUACGAUCGAAUUCUGUUUGGGUUGUAUUUCUAAUACAGCAAGUUAUUUACGAUUAUGGGCUCUGAGUUUAGCACAUGCUCAAUUGUCUGCUGUCUUAUACGAUAUGACUCUGAAGAAUACUAUAAAUUUUAAAGGAGUAGUUGGGUUUAUCUUACUCGUGAUAACAGCAGUCUUAUGGUUUGUUUUGACUGUUGGUAUCUUAUUGCUUAUGGAAGGAUUAUCCGCUUUCUUACACGCAUUACGUUUGCAUUGGGUUGAAUUCAAUAAUAAAUUUUAUGAAGGUUCAGGCAGAAAAUUUAUGCCUUUUUCAUUUAAACUUAUUUUAAAAGGUCAAGACGAUUAA